CUGUCCCGGAGGUUGCUUUCAGAUCGCUGGCUGCCGCCGCCGCUGGAGCAUCCUCUUCCUCGUCACUCCCUGCCGGUUGUCCCUUCUCCUCGCCAGGCGGGGCUCGCAGCCGCCAGAAUGGCAGUGCCCCUGACCGACAGCGAAAAGCGGAAGCAGAUCAGUGUGCGGGGCAUCGCCGGGCUGGGCGACGUGGCCGAGGUGAGGAAGAGCUUCAACCGGCACCUCCACUUUACCCUGGUCAAGGACCGCAAUGUGGCCACUCCCCGAGACUACUUCUUCGCGCUGGCUCACACUGUGCGCGACCACCUGGUGGGCCGCUGGAUCCGCACGCAGCAGUACUACUAUGAGAAGGACCCCAAGCGCAUUUAUUAUCUUUCCCUGGAAUUCUACAUGGGUCGGACUCUACAGAAUACAAUGGUGAAUCUGGGUCUCCAGAAUGCUUGUGAUGAAGCUAUUUAUCAGUUGGGAUUAGACUUGGAAGAACUUGAGGAAAUAGAAGAAGACGCAGGUCUUGGUAAUGGAGGAUUGGGGAGACUGGCAGCUUGUUUCCUGGAUUCAAUGGCUACAUUGGGACUUGCAGCCUAUGGUUAUGGAAUCCGUUACGAAUUUGGCAUUUUUAAUCAGAAAAUUAUCGAUGGUUGGCAGGUUGAAGAAGCUGAUGAUUGGCUACGUUAUGGCAACCCUUGGGAAAAGGCUCGUCCCGAAUACAUGCUUCCCGUGCAUUUCUAUGGCCGAGUGGAGCAUACUGCAGAUGGCGUGAAGUGGUUGGAUACUCAGGUGGUGCUUGCAAUGCCUUACGAUACCCCAGUGCCAGGAUACAAAAAUAACACUGUUAACACAAUGAGGUUAUGGUCUGCUAAGGCGCCCAAUGAUUUCAACCUUCAGGAAUUUAAUGUGGGAGACUAUAUUGAAGCUGUCCUGGAUAGAAACCUGGCUGAAAACAUCUCCCGGGUCUUGUAUCCAAAUGAUAAUUUUUUUGAAGGAAAGGAGCUUCGACUGAAACAAGAGUACUUUGUGGUGGCUGCCACUCUCCAAGAUAUCAUUCGCCGCUUCAAAUCUUCCAAAUUUGGCUGCCGGGAUCCAGUGAGAACCUGUUUUGAAACUUUCCCAGACAAGGUUGCCAUUCAGCUCAAUGAUACCCAUCCAGCACUCUCUAUUCCAGAGCUCAUGAGAAUCCUAGUAGAUGUCGAAAAGGUGGAUUGGGAUAAGGCCUGGGAGAUCACCAAAAAAACAUGUGCCUACACCAACCACACUGUCCUUCCCGAGGCUCUGGAGCGAUGGCCGGUCUCAAUGUUUGAGAAGCUACUGCCAAGACACCUGGAGAUUAUCUACGCCGUUAAUCAGAAGCACUUGGAUAAUGUAGCCGCCAUGUUUCCUGGUGAUGUGGACCGACUGAGGAGGAUGUCUGUGAUUGAGGAAGGAGACUGUAAGAGGAUUAACAUGGCCCAUCUUUGUGUGAUUGGGUCCCACGCUGUCAACGGAGUAGCAAGAAUUCACUCAGAAAUUGUGAAACAUUCUGUUUUUAAAGAUUUUUAUGAACUAGAACCAGAGAAGUUCCAGAACAAGACUAAUGGUAUUACUCCCAGAAGAUGGCUACUGUUGUGCAAUCCAGGUCUAGCAGAGAUCAUUGUGGAGAGAAUUGGAGAAGAUUUUCUCACUAAUUUAAGUCAGCUGAAGAAGCUUUUACCUUUGGUCAAUGAUGAAGGAUUCAUCAGGGAUGUGGCCAAAGUCAAACAGGAAAACAAAUUGAAGUUUUCUGCCUUCCUAGAGGAGAAAUACAAGGUGAAAAUAAAUCCAUCCUCGAUGUUUGAUGUUCAUGUGAAGAGAAUCCACGAGUACAAGAGGCAGUUGCUGAACUGCUUACACAUCAUCACUCUGUACAAUCGAAUAAGGAAAGACCCAGGCAAAUCCUUUGUACCAAGGACUAUCAUGAUUGGAGGAAAGGCUGCUCCUGGUUAUCAUAUGGCUAAAAUGAUCAUCAAGUUGGUUACAUCCAUUGGUGAUGUCGUCAAUAAAGAUCCAGUUGUCGGAGACAGGCUUAAAGUGAUCUUCUUAGAGAAUUAUCGAGUAUCUUUCGCUGAAAAAGUGAUCCCUUCAGCUGACUUGUCAGAGCAAAUCUCUACAGCUGGCACAGAGGCCUCAGGCACAGGAAACAUGAAAUUUAUGCUGAAUGGAGCCCUCACUAUUGGAACUAUGGAUGGUGCUAAUGUAGAGAUGGCUGAAGAAGCUGGAGAAGAGAAUCUUUUCAUCUUUGGUAUGAGAGUAGAGGAUGUGGAGGCCCUGGACAAGAAAGGGUACAAUGCUAAGGAGUACUAUGACCGGAUCCCAGAGUUGAAGCAAGUGAUUGACCAGAUCAGCAGCGGAUUUUUCUCUCCUAAGGAUCCUGACUGCUUCAAGGAUGUAGUGAACAUGUUAAUGUAUCAUGACAGGUUUAAAGUGUUUGCUGACUAUGAAGCCUAUAUAGAGUGCCAAGCAAAAGUGGAUCAGUUAUAUAGGAAUCCCAAAGAGUGGACAAAGAAAGUCAUCAAGAAUAUUGCUUGCUCCGGGAAGUUUUCCAGUGACCGGACAAUCACUGAAUACGCCAGGGAGAUAUGGGGUGUUGAGCCCUCAGAUGUGAAGAUCCCACCCCCUAACGUUCCCAGGGAAUAGCCUGUCCCGCCAGGGAGGUCCUGUUGGUAACAGUACACUCAUGAGUGGAAGUGCUUCUGGUUUCUAGUUAACUUUGCACCUAAUGCAGUUUGCAGUCACUUUACCACCAGUGGAUGGUCUUAACUUUAUAAAAUAGUAUUUUCCAGAGAAGGAAGUGAUGGUGCUGAUGUUUAGAGGGAAGAUUGAGGGCAUGGCUUGUGCCUGUGCUUCUGAGUUAGUGAGGUAGCGUAGGUGCUGAAUGCUUUGGGAAUUUGUGCCUCUCCUUCCUAUUCUUUCCCUUCUCUCCCUCCCCACCCCCAAAGAAAAGCAGCUUUGUGAAGAUAGAAGAAAAACCCACAGUAAAAGGAGCAUUUGACAGAUAACCCAAUGGAUGGAGUAGUUACUCUGCCAGCUUUAUCCUGCUUGCUAGCACGCGUAGUUCUGGGGUUGCUUGUUGUCCUAUUCCUCCCCCCGAAGACUUGUGCACUUGGGUUUGAGGCUCUGCAUUGCAACACCUGUUGUCUAUAUCGAAAUGGUCUUGAUGAGAUAGGAGAAUAUGCGUAUCAGUAAAAACUUUGGAAGGGCCUAUCAGAUGCAGCAUUGGAUGCCAGACUUUUUGGAAAUGAUCCAGGACUAUUAUAGUCCCCUUUGUCUCUCUCACACAUUCCGUCUCUGUCUCUCCCUCUCCCUUCUACCUCCCCUCUAUCCCCAGAGUCUUUUCUGACCCUGUAGUUAAAUGAAAUCAUUAAUAUCCUCAUAAAUACAUACUAGUCUAUGUAGUCUUCUUUUUGUAUAAAUGAACAGGAAGGGAAAUAAUUUUGUCUCUCAAGAACUGAUUAUCUGAACUUUUAAAAGUCAACUCCAUUGAAAAAAUGAAGAUUGUAACAAGGUAGAAAAUGGGCAUCUUUCCUUCAUUUCUUUGCAAAAAAAAAAAAAAAAGUACUAAUAGGUGCACUGCUGGCCAAAUCUCAUGGUGCCAAUGUGUAAAGAGAGAUAGUUAGCAGACUGAAGGUUAGCUGGGUUUUAUUUUUUUUCCUUGAAAAAUUAAUAAGAAACAAAGUUUUUUCCCUUCUUUACCAACUAAAAAUGGUACUUUUUAGCUUAGUGUAAACAAGUUUUUGCCAUGAAUAUCUUAAACUUGUCUGGAUACUGGUGAGCCCACCCAGAUACCCAUCAACUAUGACUUGAUCCUAUUGGGUGUACUGGAACUUGGCUCAUAUCUUGAUUAAGGACAGUUGCAAGUAAUUGAGGUAGCUGGACCCCUAGCUCAUUGGUUCACAUUUUGGGUUUUAAUCUAGACAAAAUCUGCUUCUCCUCAAUUCAUUUCUAGAGCACUUAGCUCCUACUUUGUGUUUUCCGUUAGUGGAAAAGGAGCUGAAAUGUUCUACCUUUUUCCAAUCUGAAUAUGAGUUCACGAUUUAACUCCUACUCUUAUUUUUCCACUAUUUUCUACCACAUCAUAAUGGAGUGACAAAGAAUUGGAAAAUAGAGGGGUUGAUUUGAAAGCAAACGUGAUGUGUGUUUGUUCUAUUGCAUUUCCCAAGCUCCACGAUGAACCACCAAGACCAAAGCAUUCUCUAUUGCUAGUGGAAGUAUAUGACAUUUCCGAGUAGAUCUCAUAUUGAUUGAUUUCCCAAAGUAGCCAAAGUCCACUAAGAAAAAGGUAUGGGAAAAACUGCAGUUAACUUUUUUUUGGACCACUGGAAAGAGAACCAGUUUUUUUGGGGGGGUCAAAUUCAGAUUUUAAUUCCUUAAGGGUUAAGCUGUUAUUCUUGGAGGCUUCCUUACUUGCAUGUUGGGUAAACACAUACCUGUUAUCUUCCUAUCUCUCUAUCCUUUUGUUUCUGAAUAGCCAUUUAACAAGCCAGACCAGACCCUUAGUAUUUUGGGGCCAUGAGGUUUUCCUUGUCAGGGAUGCCUGAUGGGGGACUGUUGUUCCAGGACCUCACUGGGGUUAACGCUUGUGUACACAGAUUUCUGUAUUCCAUGAAGCCAGCACUGUAUGUGUGAAGUCACUCUGUAGUGAAUCACUGUUAUUGUCUUUGUGUGUGAGAAACUGAUUAAACAAUUAUGUCAGUGGUUAAUUGGACACAUA